CAUUAAGUAAAAUUAUAUAAAUUCUGUUUUAACUUCUUAUUAGCGUUUGACGUAAUUAUUUCAACUUUUACUGUUAAUUUAUUAGAUUUAUUGAGUGUUAGUUGUUGUUUGUUUAGUUUUUACUGAUUACCAUUGUGCGAAAGCAUUAUGUCACAAACGGAUUCGUACACCGACGUUGUGGAGUUGUGUGCCAUACUUGAGUGCUUAGGUUUCACCAUCAAGUCGUUGGACACCAGUGGCGAUGCGAAUACGACCCAGGAUGGGGGUACAAGGACCGUCGUUAUUAAUUGCCCGACUUCAGGACUUCAUGUAAUCCUGGAAAGUGCAUGUAUACCUUGUACAUGCCCCACAGCCAAUGACCAGAAUAAAGAUUUUUGGCAGGUCUCUGGAAUUGCUGGUGGGAAGCCACAGAAUAAGGAAACGGGCAGUAAACUUCUCGGAUCUCUGCCAAAAGCAUACCGCGAGAGAUUGUCCAAAGAACUUCAGGAUAUGGUUCGCUCUAUAAAAGAGCACAAUGAUUCUGAUUUUGACAGACCUUCUGUAAACAGGUCUGCAAGUGUUGUAGAGUUGUGUAAUAAGUCUGCAAGUAUAGUGGACUUGGUGAAGGAAGGAAUUAAUAAAUCUGCUAGUAUGAUCGAACUGGGGUCACCGGAAAAGAGAAUACAGCACUUAAAAGUCGAUACUCCGACCCGAUAUCGUUCUCUGGACACGUUGACGGCAGCAAAGGAGGGUCUUCUCCAGGCUCGACUGUACCAGCAAGUUGCUAACCAUGAAAAGGGAGACGACAAGGAUAGUUUCCUAGCUCAUAGACAGAGUACGUAUACAAUUAGCACACCUGGCAGUGUGAGGAGGCGUAACAAAACAUCGAGUCCCAUCCAUUCAACCGCAUCAAAUCUGCUGGACAGUUUAAUCGCCGCCGAAAAAGCGGCAGAAGAACUACGCAACAAACUCGCUCGUCUUAUUAAAGAAUUUAUGGACGAGGAAAAAAAUGAUUCCUCGAUGUCCUCUUUGGUGUUGGACGUGUCUAAAAUUUCUGUUUUAAAGGGUCUAGAAACAUCUAAAACUCAGUUUGCAUCGAGCCCAAAUCUCUCAAGUUUGGUUGCUCGUGACGAUUUGCCCAAAAGCAAAUUGAAGCGAUUUGAAAGCGUCUCUACAUCCAAUUUGGGUCCAAAAGCAAUUUCAGACAAGACAUCGAAGUUUAAUCGUAUUACUCCGAAUUUGCUCAAAAAUAAAGACUCCAGUCUUAAAGGUCAGAAAGUUUUAGACGGAAAAAGCAAGCUGCAAAGUUUAUUUAAAGCAAAAAUUGCGACUCCAGUUCGCAUACCUAACGUAAAACCAGAAGGGAGUCCAAAUCUUAGUGCCUCCAAGAAAAAGUUUAGUCAUGUGAAGUCCACUAUACCAAGACCAACUUCAAAGAAAGAUUAGAUUUAACCAUUUUUUUAAUUAAAAAACGUGUUCCAAGUAUAUCCGACCAUGUUAUCCUAAUAAACAACACAAUGAGAUAGCAUAUUGUCACUUCUAUUUUG